AUGCUACUACCAUUGCUAAACGUAUUGCUUGUGACAACAGCUGCUGAUUCGUAUGAUGCUGCAGUGGAAGACUUGGCCACUUCAGCCGUCUUUGUUUCUCUAGAUAUCGAUGAGACCAGCAUCGCCGCCGGCAUUGAGCAUUCGUGCGCAAUUUAUACGCAGUCAUACGACGACGUGGGCGGCCGUGUGGUUUGCUGGGGUGUCAACAAUGGUGGACAAAGCUCACCGCCAGCCGGUAAAUUUAUUCAAGUCAGUAGUGGUCGACUGCAUUCGUGUGGUAUUCGUAUAGAUGAGACAGUCGAAUGCUGGGGCUCAGGUGCACCAGUGGUAAAACCUGAGGGAAUGUUCGAGCAAGUCAGCAGUGGUGACUUUCACUCAUGUGGUAUAAUGAAGGAUCAGACAGUGCAUUGCUGGGGCACAGCUGUGGGAGGCAUCUCGAACCCCCCGAGUGGUAAAUUCGUGCAAGUAAGCUGCGGCAAAGACUUUUCUUGUGCAAUCGCUAUAGAUGGUAGGGUGAUAUGCUGGGGUGAGAACGGAUAUGGACAGCUCAAUGUAGAUCCAAACACUCGCUUCCGACAAAUUUCGGCGUCGCCAGGUGACUUUGUUUGUGGUGUUACCGAGGACAAUACGUUGUCAUGCUGGGGGGAUAAUCAUCGCAACCAGGCGAGUCCACCAAGAGACUUGAAAUUCACAUUAGUGAGUACCAGUCGGCUUGCCGCAUGUGGACUGAAGAUGGACAAGACCGUGGUAUGCUGGGGUAUGCGCUCAGGUGUAACUGCAGCACCAACAGAUGUGCAAUUUGAUGAACUUAGCUUGGGCUGGAAUCACGGUUGCGCCAUUCGUUUUGACGAUGGCGGCGUUCAGUGCUGGGGGGAUCGCGGAAGCAACCGUUUAGAAAUUCCUGGUGAACUUUUAUGA